UCCAGGCGUGCGCGGCCACGUACUCGAUAAUAAUAAUAAUAGGUGUCGGGAGGUGGCGAAAACGCGAGCAGGGCGGGCGAGUGGGCCGAGCGAGCGAGAGGGAGCAGCGAGGGGGGCGAGGGAGCCCGCGUCCGGCUCUCGCGCUGAUCCCUCCCCACGCCUCAAACAUGAAGCCGGAGCGGAGCAUGGCGGAUGGCCCCAGGUGUAAGCGGCGAAAGCAGGCGAACCCACGGCGUAAGAACGUGCUGCAGAGCUAUGAGAGUGUGAUCGACGCCGGAUCGGAGACGGACGAGGAGGACUGCCUGCAGAUUGCCGAGGAUGAGGCGGCCCCGGGGCCUCCGUCGCCUCCGCCGUCCCCUUCCUCGGCGCCGGACGCGGCUGCGGCGGCCGUGACCGCGGCGGCCGAGGCGGAGGCGAGAGGCGAGGAGCCCGGGGCGGACGGGCAGCCGGGCAGCACGGCCCUGGCGGCCGCAGGCGCCGGUGCCGCCCCCGCGCCGACCCACGGGGGAGCGGUGGGCUUCCCCAGCCCCGACCCCGGAGCAGUGCUGCGGGAGGGGGCAGAGCGUGGGGGCGGCGACGUGCAGCACACCUGGAGAAGCAGAGAGGCACAACCCUCUCCUCACUACAAUGGCUUGAGAGAGGAGAGAGUCACCAUGGGGCCUGAAGCCAUACUUAAGCUCAAUAGAGAAAUCACUAAUAUGACAAGCGCCAACCAUCCGUCGGAAUUCGACAACUACUUUGCGAGGCAGAAGAAGUGCGCGGAGGGAGACGGGCAGGUGGGCAGCAUCGCCGAGUUCCUGCGGCGCAGCGACACGGCCGUGAUUUACCCGGAGGCUCCGGAGGACCCGGCGCUGCACCAGGGCACACCCGAGCACGAGGGACCGGCAGAAAACGAUGCGCACGUGGCCAGCGCGCCGGACGCCUUCUCGCAGCUGCUCGCCUGCCCGUACUGCGACCGCGGCUACAAGCGCCUCACGUCGCUCAAGGAGCACAUCCGCUACCGGCACGAGGGGCGUGCGGAGGGCGACGCCCCCCUCGUGUGCCCGCUCUGCCCAGGCUCGGCGUUCGCCACGCGCGCCCAACUCGACCGGCACACGAGCACGCACGCGCGUCAGCAGGACGUGGGCGCUCAGAAUGCAGGACACCGCAAGUUCAAGUGUGGCGAGUGUGGCAAGGCCUUUAAGUACAAGCACCACCUGAAGGAGCACCUCAGGAUCCAUAGUGGUGAGAAGCCAUACGAGUGUCCAAACUGCAAGAAGCGCUUCUCUCACUCUGGCUCCUACAGCUCCCACAUCAGCAGUAAGAAGUGUAUUGGGCAGCCACCACCUGGUGGGGCAGGAGCUGGUGGAGGCAGGUCCCGGGGAGGUCCCAGGGCCGGUACUUCUCCCUCCACCCGCUCACCCACCUCACCCGACAGCCAGGCCCUCAGCCAGCUCAGGCAGAAGUUGCAGGCGAGCGGCAGGCUUUCUCCUGAGCGCCCAGGUCUGGCCCUGCCAUCUCUCCCAGAGGCCGUGUGCGUGAAGAGCGAGCCGCUCACGGCCUGCGAUUUCUUCUCCAAAUUUCGGACGACAAUCUCCGCAUCGCCGGUCGGUAUGAACGGCAAUGGUGGUGGAGCACUGCAUCUGAGUUCUCCAGGCCACAGCAACUUCCAGCACCUAUUCCACAGAGAUGGAAUGGCCGGGGUGCUGAGUGGCCGGGAGGAAGCCAUUCUGCAGAACUUGGUUCAUUACCGCUCCGGCAGCGAAGGCAUGGCAGAGACCCCACAGGCAGUGCUCUGUGAGCCAGCUGAAGGAACCAGCCUCAGUGAGGUGAAGAAGGUCCUGCAGAUUGUCGAUAACACAGUUACACGACUCAAGGACUGCAGUCCCGUUCGGGAAGAGGCGAGCCGCCCUCUGCCCCAACCAUUUGGAGUGAAAAUGGAGCCGGACAUCGAGGAGCCCCAGAUGACAACGAACACGCCAAAGUGCCCUCCGAUCUCGCUGCCAGGCGUGACCAUCCCCCCGUUUCUCGCUCGUAAUGGCACGGCCAUGAGCAUAAUCGACUACACGCUGGAGAAAGUAAAUGAGGCCAAGGCUUGUCUACAGGGACUUGGCAGGGACCCGAGCGGGCGGGAGCAGAUGGCCUACACGGCGCAAACUCUGAGCCAGCACCUCCGCGAGUAUGGCGGCACAAUGGAUCCCAAGAUGUUAGCGAUGAAUGGCCAAAAGUUUAUGCAUCAGCAGGACUUUAGCCCGGAGAGUUUUCACUCAGCUGCCACCCCCACUGCCACCGGCAUGUUCCGAUGCCAGUUCUGUGGGCAGGGCUUCCCUGGCCCCAUCCCCUUGCACCAGCAUGAGCGCUAUAUGUGCAAAAUGAACGAAGAAAUCAAGGCCGUGCUGGUGCGCCCAGAGCCCAGGGUUUGUAACGAGGCAGCCAGCACUUAUCCAGGCAUCCCCACGAGCAGUGCUGACCCAGCCAUGACCACGCAGGACAAGGUCUCUCUACAUUCCCUGAUGCCAGAGGGGGCGGCCGAACGUAUGGCGUUUCUAAGGGAGGCUUACCGCGCGCGGAACGUCGGCGAGCCCAUGACGGCUGAGAUGCUGACGAAAUUCUCCAUGCUCGUUCCUUCUCCCGUCAACUUCAUGAGCCGCUGCCAUGAAAAGCCGAGCUUUUACCACAUUCCUGAUCCAGCACCGAUCUCUCAGGCUAUGGGGGACUUGGCAUCAUCCAGCAAUGGCGAUUGUCACCCCGUGCAGAAAGCCUCUCCCAGGGGCCCACCCCCGGCAGCUACAAACGAGUCAAACAUGAGGAGCCCCCCCAGGCAGGCAAUCAAGCCCGCACGCUUUAACCUCCCGUCCAGGGUGAACCACGAGCUCUGUCCCGGAAGCGGGCGCUCGCUGUUCCCCCUGAACCUGUCUGCAGCGAGUUUCGCGCGUGACUCUAACGGGGAUGCUCACACUCCAAACGGCCACUCGCACACUCCGGACGGGAAUCUACGCUCCAACUCGAAUGGGUCAUCAUCGUCCUCUGAGGACAACGUGGCAAAGUCCCAAGCGGAGCCUCUCGAUCUCUCCCUGCCCAAGCUGCAGAUGGCACGAAAGCAGGCCAAGAAGCGGAGACGAGAGGAUCGUGAGAACUUCACGAGCUUAGAUCUUAACAGCGACUCCUCGUCGCCAUACACCAACCAGGACGAGCCGCUGAACCUUGCGUUCCUCAAGAAAGAACUGGGAAACGAGAGCGAAGGCUACAACGAAGAAGAGGCCAUGGACGGCCACCGCUCGGACGCGAUGGCCGACGUUCUGAAGCCCCUUUUCGGCAUGCCGAUGAUGUACGGCGCGAAGCCCCCGCUCCACCGUCCUCUCUUCUCAGCCUUCCCUCCGGUGGGCGCGUUCCAGCCGCACGCGGGCCUGGUGCCGCCGCCGCCCCUUCAUUCAGGCCGCGGCGCCGAGCUGGCACAGUACCCCACGGGGUUGGAGCAGCUGGCAUUUUUCCCGCAGCUGGCCUACACCGCCUUCCCGCCCCUCGGUGCCGCCAGCCUUGCAGAGCUGCAGCUUCGUCGGAAGUACCAGCGCAAGGCCAACUCGCAGGCGGAGAGCUUGGACGGUGAUUAUGGCUCGGACUCCGACACAGGGCUCCCGCGGAAGAAGUUGAGGAAGGCUGAGAGCGGCAACUUCUCGUGUGACUUGUGCGACAAAACAUUCCAGAAGAGCAGCUCCCUUCUGAGACAUAAGUACGAGCACACAGGCAAGCGUCCCCACCAGUGUGAGGUGUGCAACAAGGCGUUCAAGCACAAGCACCACCUGAUCGAGCACUCGCGACUACACUCGGGUGAGAAGCCGUACCGCUGCGACCGCUGUGGCAAGCGCUUCUCGCACUCGGGCUCCUACUCGCAGCACAUGAACCACCGCUACUCGUACUGCCGGCGCGGGGUGGGCGAAGGUGAGGUGGGAGGGCCGGGCGACGUGACGGGAGAGCGGGCCACCCCACCGGACGAGGCCGACCCCGAGGUGGCGAAAUUCGGUGGCGGAGACAACUCGAUGAUUCGUGGAAAGCUGGCUAUGGAGCAAAGGAUGUUGGGAAACUUGGAAAAAGACAGGAAGGGUGAAGACCAUCGGGCGAUUAUGGAACCGUUCGGCAUGAAGCAUGAGCUGCUGAUCAAGUUUGAUGGAGAGCAAAGAAUGUUCGAAAGGAAGGAGGAGCAGGAGCAAGGAAUGCUGGGAGAAAUGGACCGAGAGCGAGAUGCAUUGACAAGCAGUAGUGACCAGGAAAACAUGGGCGUAGGAGACACGAAAAAUGAGUUUGGUAUGUUGGGAAUUCCGAUGGUGAGUGGAGGAGUUUUUAGAUAUGGCUUUGCAUCGCAGCACCACUGUUAUGGCAUUAAAGAAAGAAAUGGAGAAUGUGUUACUGAUGGACUUGGGGAAGAAGAUGAGCAGAAGAUGAAAGUAGAGGAGAAUGAUGGUGAUGAUGGUGAUGAUGAAGUUAAUGAUGAAAAUGGUGACGAGAAUGGAAUGGAGAUGGAAAGAGAUGCAGGUGACCCUGAAGGAAGUUGGUCAAUGGAUGUAGAUAAUGGUGAGAGCAAAAGUUGUCACAUGGACAGAGACGAAGCCGUAGAAGAUGUAAGAGGUGAACUGGAAAGUGUAGCAGACGGUGAUGGAGACGCGAAUCUGGGAAGUGACAAGGAGAAGGCUGCCGAGGGCAUAGAAUGCAAAAUGGGAGCAGGAGAAGAUGGAGAAGGUGAAGAGAGGUACGUGUUCGCUGAAGAGCCGAAGAGAAGCAAGGUUGGGAAGAGAAAACGGUCUUUGGGUGAGAAUGGCUCUGAGGGAAAAGGCGAUUUAGAGAAAGGUGAUAAGUAAUUCUGUAGAUCAGCCGUGAUGAAUAACAGUUUUAUUAUGGGCCUCUAUUGCACCGAGCCUAUUGAGACGUGCCUGAACUUUCUGGUAGUGUUUAGAAACAUGACAGGAUGGUUUAAGAAAAAUGAAACAACGUAAAAAAAAUGUGAAGUUUACACAAUCAGUGUUAAAUGAUCUAACCAAACAUUUUCAUCGGAUGUCAUGCCAAAGGCAUUUAGUCGGCCAAUUCCUAACAGGAACGGAAUGAAAUUUAAAUGUAAAAUUACAAUUAUCUUUUGGAAAUAAUUAGAACUGGAUAUUUGAACUACAUUCAUAAUCCUUGCAUGAUUUAUUUUUAAUUCAGUGGUUAGGAUUAUACUGUUGUAAUACAAAAUAAAUAAGUGUAAUGUUACAAUGGGCACAAUGCAACAUUGACCAUGUGUUAAUUAUAAUAUCCCGAUGAACUUGUUCUGGUUAUUUAGAACCCUGGGAUGGGUGGGGGGAAGGGGGGGGAGUGGGAAGGGUGAGGGGGGGGAGUAGACGGACAUCGAAGGGGCAAUGACAAGUUUGAAAGUAAACUUGGUAGGUUCUGCGAAUGUAAAAGACAAAAAACUACAAAAGGGUAUUACCAGGUCAGAAUGCAUGAGCCUAAGAGCACAUUCUCUCGAUAAGGUGAAAUGUAUACUGUGUGCGGCUUAUGAAAAGUGAUCCAUGGAAAUCAUUUUAUGACUUUUGAAAUUCCAAAAUUAAUCUGUUGUCAAUAUAUAUUGACUCCCUAAGAGCACAUUAAAAUAUUAUUGGUGUUGAAUGCAUUUUCAUAAUAUGGACAUUUUUUUUUUAUAAACGCCUACAGUGUACUGUAUCGAAGGAGGGUCUAUACAUUAACUAAUAUGGUAGCAAAUUAUAAGCAUCAUUCCUAUGCCUUCAUGCAGACAGUGUUGUAUUCAAUGCCAUGUGUCUUUUAAUUAACCAAAUUGACCAUACCUGCCAAUGCACGAUUGGCAUUGCACUUUAAGUUUGGCAUAUGUUUUAUGUCGCCGAAAAACCGUAGAUUUGGACCAGGUUAGUUGGUGUAUAAACCCCCACUGAGGAUCGUGACACACUCGAUAUAAGAAGCCUUAUGCAAGCAAACAAAGGUGCGAGUCACUAUUGCGCCUGUCGGAGCGCUCUCCAAGUAUUACUUAUAUAGAGGAAAAAAAAAUCGUGGCUUUUUCCUGCUUUUCAGCGCAUCAGUAAUUCAGUAUUAUUAUUACCAGUUACAAGGUAUUCAUCCGCACUGGUCAGUAUUAGCGAUAUAACCGUGAUAGAUCAUUUUAGUCAACGACGCGUAGAGUUUACCCUUGUGCAAUUUCCUAGAGCCGAAGCAGUGUUAUAUGCCCACCCCUCCGGUUGCAUUUUGCCAAUACACAAACUAUAGGUAGUUAGAGCGUUUACAAGAGAAAAAAAAAUAUUUAUACAGCCCGCUAGUUUCGGACAAAAGCAUCUUUUAUUGUUAUUUAUUAUUGCAUACUGUAGUGUUUACAGUAACAGUAAAAAAAACAAAGUUUUACAAAAAGUAUAUUUUAGUAAAAAAUCGUGAACUUCCGGAAGAGUUCAAGAAUUGGAAUAUCCGACGCGUUCUUAUAAUUGUUAUAUUUUUAAUUUUGUUCCAUACUUCACGUCUCAAACUUCCUGUUCUUUCCUAAUUUAAUUUAAUUUUAAUUUUUUGUCCCAAAAAUAAAACAAGAAACCAUGUACACUUUUGAUGAAUCAAGAAAAAAACAUUUUGAUAUUACCGUACGACUUUUGAGAAAACUAUUUUUAAAAAAUGAAACGAUAAAAUACUUACACUUUCCAUGUUUGUUUGUUUUUUUGCUAAAACCUUACAAAGGAAAUUAUUGCUGAUGUCUUUACAGUGUGUUUGAAAAAAAAAUCUUAAUUUUUACAAGUGUAAACUUAAAUUCUAUAUUAAAAACAAGUGACUAAACUUACGAGAAUCCAAGUAAGUUGUUUGGUGCAGCUCGCAAUGCUGUGUAAGGAACAAAAAUAAACUCUUAGCAUCAUCAUAUAGCAACCAUGCCGUAUCAUAGACGAUUCCUCACAAUUAUUCAAGUGUUUGUUCUCCACCUAUAGUACAGAUAUAUGCGCGUUUACUAUUGCCUGUUUAAUUUUUUUUUCUAAUGACGAACAAUAAUAAUAAUAAAGCAUUGUCAGAUCAACCGAUCAUGAUAACCAAACUAUUUAUUAACGUUUCUUAUUUAUUUAUUGCAACUAAUUCUUCCCCACUUUUGUAUUCUUUAUUUCGUUUCUCUUCUUUUGAUCAUUUCUCAAUAAACUGCGAUUGGCAUUUCCCCA